CAUGCUGCUGCCAGGUCCAGAGUGUGUCAUGGGUCCUGUACGGCCUCCCAUUGCUGCUGUCUCCAUCGCCACACUCUGCCAUGUGCCACUUUCAGGUCUCCUCACACUGCUGGUGGGGUUCCAUUUUGUCAUAGGGUGCUGGCAGAUUACGGGCCUCCCAUUGCUGCUGCCAGGCCCGUAAUCUGUCAUGGGCCCCUGUACCGCCUCCUCAUGCUGCUGCCAGGUCCAGAGUGUGUCAUGGGUCCCUGUACGGCCUCCAUUGCUGCUGUCUCCAUCGCACACACUCUGCCAUGUGCCACUUUCAGGUCUCCUCACAUGCUGGUGGGUUCCAUUUUGUCAUAGGGUGCUGUAUGGCCUCCCAUUGCUGCUGCCUCCACCGCCACACUGUGGCUCCACACUCUGGUUUUGGCCCCGUGACUUGCCCAAAUGAGUGAAGUGUGCGGGUGAUUCUAAGAUCGACGGCACUCAUCUGCAUGUCAUACUG